AUGAUGCUUUGGGGAACAGGCUACCUUGUUUCACUCGUAGAGUUUGCUGAGCUCUGCGGAAAGGUGUCCAGUGCCUCUGGAGCCAAUGAGCUAAUUAGGUACUCCACGGAGGAGCCUUAUUCCAUCCCCGGAGAACAUGUGGAAUCCAAUAUAGAAAUUAUAUCCUUCCCCAGUGCGCACUUCCCUGAAAGGACAGCUGUAACACAGAAUUUCACACCAGCCCCUGAGCUGCUGUGUGAUAUUAAAACCAGGUUUCGUUUCUCCCUCUUGCAUCAGGUCUUGAGAGCCAACAGCAGUGUGGGUGAGGGCUGCCCUCAGAAGCUGGAGACAGCUAAUCUGCUACGCUUCCUCCUGCUAGUGCUCAUCCCCUGCAUCUGUGCCCUCAUCGUGCUCCUGGCCAUUCUGCUGUCCUUCGUGGGAACACUAAACAAGGUUUAUUUGAAAUCAAAUGGCAGUGAACCUGUAGUCACUGAUGGUGAAGUUCAAGUGCCUGGUAUUUUCUUUGUAAAUACAGUAUAUAAUGAGAGCACAGGGGCACCCACUAUUUCCCCUGACCGAUCCACUCCAGCCUGGACACCUAAAGCACCUCCUCUUGAUGGGGACCAGAGUCACAGGAAUGAAAGUGCCUGCAUGAACAUCACUCACAGCCAGUGUCAGAUUCUUCCCUACCACAGCACCCUGGCACCUAUCUUGCCAAUUGUCAAAAACAUGGACAUGGAGAAGUUCCUCAAGUUCUUUACGUACCUCCAUCGCCUCAGUUGCUAUCAACAUAUCCUGCUAUUUGGCUGUAGCCUUGCCUUCCCUGAGUGCAUCGUUGAUGGUGAUGACAGGCGUGGCCUCCUGCCCUGUAGAUCCUUCUGUGAGGCUGCAAAAGAAGGCUGUGAGUCUGUACUGGGGAUGGUGAACUUCUCCUGGCCAGAUUCCCUCAGAUGCUCUCAGUUUACAGACCACACUGAGAACAGCAGCAAUGUCAGCAAGAUCUGCUUCUCACUGCAGCAGGAACAUGGAAAGCAAU